AUGCAUCGGAAGGGUUUGAACAUUGACAUAAACCACUUUCAUUCAGAAAUGAACGCCUGCAAAAAUGCCGAGCCCCCAAGCCCAUCCACGGCCAUGUACUUGUACAAGCAGCUGCUCGAGAAAGGCUUCGAGCCAACCGCCUCUACCAUGAGCAUCCUCGUGGGUGCUCACAAUCACGCACCAUUGAGCAAGAUUUUAUCAGUUCGAAGUCUGUGUUGUCUGAUGCCGGUUUGCAGCCGGACACUUAUUUUGGGGACAGUUACCUGGUUGCUUUGUUGGAAGGAAGACGCCUUCCAAGAAAUGCGAAGGAUUUAG